AUGGGGGCAGGUGCGUCAGCGCAUGCCAACCACCGCCGGCGCGCGCUGAUACGAUGGCACAACCAACAUGCACACGUUUCGCUCACGACGCAGCUGGCCCUGGCGUUUGGUGAUGCGAGUUUGGCCAUUUCAACUGCAGCCGUCGCAGAAGUCCUCCGACAGUACUGCAUCCUGCCGUCGUCGUGCACUCUCGACCAAGUUCGUGAAGCGCUGCACGCCCUUGGAUGCGAAUACCAUGCCCCUGCGGACGUCCACGAUGUCCGGCACCUGAUCGACUACUUUGCUCCAUCCGUUCUCUGCAAGGACGUCCCACGGCAUAGCAUGCAUGCAGCUUGCAAGACGGGGAACCUCGAUGCAGCUAUCGCAGCGGUCCAGAUGAAUCCAGCUGCGUGGCACGACGUGGACGCGUUUGGAAACCUGCCACUCUACUACGCCAGUGUUUACAACGACGCCGCGGCCAGCUCGUCUGUUGGCUGGCCGGCGCUGUCCGCUGCCGAUCGUCUUCGAUGCGCCACCAAUGCAUUGACGCCUCAAGUCAAGGCCCUGCUCGAGACCAACGAUCCAUCUCCCCUCGCGCUUCGCCACGACGUGCUCAACGUUUUCACCGACGACAACGAUGUCCUUUGGGACGGUGCACUGGCCUCCAUGUUUGACGGCGAAACCCAAUAG